CCCAACUUUACUUUUCCUGAGGAUCAGACUUCUCUUUCGCAACCGUUGAAGAACUCAGGAACAACGAUUGAACUGCUCUGUUUUUGCAGCACUAUUAUUAAGUAUUAAUCCAACAAAAAGAACAACUGAAAAUGAAACCUGAAUAUGCUGAACGAAUGGCUUUGGAUAGAAUCAGCACACUUCCGCAACCCAUAUUAGAACCCGUCCUAUCUCUUUUAUCAACUGAAGAGGCAGCAAGGACUAGUAUUCUCUCUAAGGAAUGGAGGUACAGGUGGACCACAAUUCCUAACCUAGAGUUUACUUUGCGUAAAAGAACUUCCGAGCUAACAUCUGACGUAGAAAGUGAAAUGAAAUACAUGGACAUGCAUGAUCUACACCAAGUUUUGCUGCUCCGCCAUGGCCCAAUUCACGAGCUCACCCUUUCUAUGGAGGGUUACUGGGAAGACGACGACCUUUUUGAAUUUGAGCAGAUAAUACUUCAUUUGUCGAGGAACCAUAUUGUCAGGGAACUAGUACUUGAUGCAUCGGAGAGCCUUUGGUAUAAAUUACCCAUAUCUGUUUUCGCAUUGCAUCACUUAAUGGAGCUCCAUCUUCGUAGUUUUACUAUUGAGCUUCCAUCAAUAUUCAAUGGCUUUGGUAGCCUUGUAAGGUUAGACCUGAAUGAUGGAGAGAUCUCUACACAAACUCUUCGGCAUCUUUUAUCUAAUUGUCCAACACUUAAGAGCUUGCAUCUGUAUAUUGGCCAUUCAGAUGAUAAAUGCACUAUUAAUGAGCUACUCAAGUGCUUACCUGUGAUUGAAGAACUGUCUAUUUCUAGUGAUGUUUGUGAGUUGCUGGUUCUAGACUCGGAUCCGCAAGAGCUUCCAAUCUCACUAAUCCACCUCAAAGUCUUACAUUUGGAAGGAAUGUCUUUUAUUGAGGACUCCAAAUCAGCUUUCCUUCUUGUUUUGAUCAAAUGUUCCCCCAACUUGGAGAGAAUUUGCCUAAAUAUGGCGUGGAGUUCUAAGGGUGAUGAGGAAUACCCUGCUGUAAAGAAUGAAUAUUCAAAUGUUUGGUUGGAGCAUCUGAAAGAAUUAGAAAUUAGUUUUUGGAGCCGCUCGCAUGGGAUGGAACUUUUAAUGGAAUUUGGAAAGUUUAUCUUGGUUAGGUCACCUAAGCUGAAGAAGGUGAGCAUAUUCGGUUUGGAUAAUCAGUGUCGAGAGUCAAUGAUCGUAAAUACGCUCUUAGGGGCGCCACGCGCGUCUCCGGCAGUAAAUUUUAAAAUCAAUUACCCUGUUCCUUGGAGCUAUCCUUCAACCCGAACAACUCCCGUUUAGCACGAUAUCUCUAACUUCGCCGUAUUACGUGUUUUACCUGUAAAAUCAUAAAAACUCAAAUGGAGAUUGAGCAUGGACCGUUGCCGGGGAGUCGUGCGCUUAGUGCUAGUUUAGUUUAGUUUAGUUUAGUUUUGUUUUGUUUGCUUGCUUUCAUUUUUAGUGUGAGUGAGAAUUGCUUCAAACCUUUAUUGUUUGUAUGUUGAGAUUUGUGACUUGUUAUUAGUUAUCUAGUAUUGUGGUCAUUUCCGGAUCAA